AUGAUGGGGCUUGAAAUCAAUGGCUCACCGCCUGUGAAUGGAACAACCUCAGCAAGGCUGGAGGAGAGCAGUCCCCGUGGAGUGGCGGGGACCGCGCCUAAUGAGGCGCUGGAAGAGAGGCGUGAAGCUCGUGCCUCGGCCGCUGAGGAGACUUGGGCGCAAGGACAGACCUUUGGGGGCUCAGGCCAGCGGCUGUCGUCUCGGGGGGAGGAGGCCCUUCGCCUGCCUGCUCGGAAGCAAGGCCGCUGGAUUCGGUGGAGGCCUCUCCCAGGGGACCCGCGGGAUCGGGAACGCAAGAGCCGGUUGAGGACGCCCCGCGCCGCCCCGGCUGCGUUCGCACAACCCGCUCGGCCUCGUCGGGUGGGGACUGAGGGGCCGGUUGGCGUGGUGUCUCUUGUUGGGCGUGUGCCAGAAUCUCCUCCACCGGUGCCUGAGGGUGAAGAUACUGCAGACAUCGGGGGCAAAUCCUGUCCUUCAACAGACAAGACAGAAGGAGGACUCCUGUCACCAGGAGAUGGCCAAAAGGAGCCCUCCAUGUCUGUUCCAACAUUGGCCUCCAUGUUUCAGGGCCUUGGUUUUGAGGUAACUCCUAGGCCUCCUUUGGGAGUCUAUUCAGGUCGAGGCAUUUUGGGGAGAGGAAUGGGUGAUCUGAACAUGAAAUCCAAAGUAGAUGUCCCAGCACAGCAGAUGUGCACAGGGUUGAGAGCAGGGCCAGCUGGAGACAGCAAGGUGGAGCGGGUGCUUCUUGGCCGUGGCAUGGUACCCAGUUAUGUGGAAUGUGAAAAGCCUUUUUUUGGGCUUGGAAGAGCAGUUGUGGGGCUUGGCCGAGCCCACAUAAGCCCCUCUACCUCAGGUGUGGAAGGUCUUCAUUCAGCACCAUCAGAUGAGCCCAGUCCAGAGAUUCCUUCUAUAGUUUCUGAUGAGCACUUGGAUAAGAAGUAA